AAAAAAGAGAAAACACUAGCUCAAUUUUACGCACUUUCUCAAUGGCUCCAAAGAAACACCAGCUCCAAAUGCUUCCUGCAGCAGCUGCUAAUGCUUGGGGGAUCAGAACCACCUUUCAUUCCCUCAUUGCCCUCCUCCUCGCCGUUCUCGUCGUAAUCGCCCUUUAUCUAACCCAAAAGAGUGGAGAGCUCAUGCAAGAUAGGACUACUCGUAAAAGUUCAGGUGACUUGCUUGCCAGGUGCAAUUUGUUCUCCGGCAAGUGGGUUUUCGAUAACAAAACUUACCCUUUAUACAAAGAGCAAAAGUGCACUUUCAUGUCUGAUCAGUUGGCCUGUCAAAAGUUCGGCAGAAAGGAUUUCAACUACCAGAAUUGGAGGUGGCAGCCUUACCAAUGUGACCUUCCAAGGUUCAAUGCCACGGCAUUGCUUGAGAAGCUAAGGAACAAGAGGCUUAUGUUUGUGGGGGAUUCGCUGAACAGAGGUCAAUGGGUUUCAAUGGUGUGUCUAGUGGACUCCUCCAUUCCUCCUGCCAAAAAAUCCAUGUACCAGAAUGGUUCACUGGCGACGUUCAAGGCCAUUGAAUAUAAUGCAACAAUCGAGUUGUACUGGGCUCCAUUACUAGUGGAAUCAAACUCUGAUGAUCCAGUAAACCAUCGUGUACCUGAUCGGAUUGUCAGAGUUCAGGCAAUUGAAAAGCAUGCUAGGCAUUGGACUGAUGCAGAUAUACUCGUUUUUAAUAGCUUUCUUUGGUGGAGAAGGUCCCAAAUGAAAGUUCUGUGGGGAUCAUUUGAAGGACCAGAUGCAAUUUACAAAACAGUAAAGAUGCCAAGAGUUUAUGAGAUGGCUUUGAAGACUUGGGCUGAUUGGCUGGAGGUGCACAUUAACCGAACCAAAACACAAUUGUUCUUCGUCAGCAUGUCGCCAACUCACCAAAAGGCUGCAGAGUGGGGUGGAGCUAAAGGUGAAAACUGCUAUGGCGAAACAGAGCAAGUGUUCAAAGAGGGAUACAGGGGACAAGCUACCUGUCCAGAAAUGAUGCAGGUGGUGGAUAGAGUUCUGGAUGACUUGAAAACAAGAGGCUUGAAUGUGCAGAUGAUCAAUAUUACACAGCUCUCAGAAUACAGAAAAGAAGGGCAUCCAUCUAUUUACAGAAAGCAAUGGGAACCCUUAACAGAAGAUCAAAUAUCCAACCCAAAAACUUAUGCAGAUUGCAUACAUUGGUGCCUCCCUGGAGUGCCUGAUGUGUGGAAUGAGCUUCUUUAUGCUCACAUUAUUAAUCUUUGAUACAUUCCAACUUAAUUCCAAUUCAAAUUAACAUGGAAAUCUUUUUCUUUUUCCUUUUCAAUUCCUGAAAAUUUAUUCAAGAAACCCCAGCAACUUUGGGAGUUUCCCAAGCGAACGCAUGUUAUUUUAUUUACUUUUAAUUAACAGCUUUACAUGUGAACAAUAUCAUAUGAAAAUAUCAGUCCCUAAAAUAUUUAUUA